AUGAGCUCACUCCUGACCCUGGUUCUUGUGGCAGCUGCUGCUGCUUUUCCUCUUGAUGAUGAUGAUGACAAGAUCGUCGGAGGCUACACCUGUGCAAAGAAUUCCCUUCCCUACCAGGUGUCCCUGAAUAAUGGUCUCUCCCAUUUCUGCGGUGGCUCCCUCAUCAAUGACCAUUGGGUGUUGUCUGCAGCCCACUGCUACAGGCCUGACCAGCAGCCCUUCAUCCAAGUGAGGCUGGGAGAGCAUAACAUCAAAGCCAUUGAGGGAGAUGAGCAGUUCAUCGAUGCUGCCAAGGUUAUCCUUCACCCUCACUUUGAUAAAAUAACCCUGAACAAUGACAUCAUGUUGAUCAAGCUCUCCUCACCUGCCUCCCUCAACUCCCGUGUGGCCACUAUUUCUCUGCCAACCUCAUGUGCACCUGCUGGCACCCAAUGCCUCAUCUCUGGCUGGGGCUACACCCUUGAGUUCUCAUGGAAUCAGCCAGAUCUUCUGCAGUGCCUGGAAGCUCCUCUGUUAAGCCAGGCUGUCUGUAAAUCCUCCUAUCCCAGACAGAUCACCAAGAACAUGUUCUGUGCUGGCUUCCUAGAGGGAGGCAAGGACUCCUGCCAGGAAGAUUCUGGUGGCCCUGUGGUCUGCAAUGGAGAACUUCAGGGAAUCGUCUCCUGGGGCAAUGGCUGUGCCUUGAAGAACUAUCCAGGAGUGUACACGAAGGUGUGCAACUAUUUGGACUGGAUUCAGGACACCAUUGCUGCCAACUGAAAACCCUAGUCCCUCCUC